AUGGCCACACAGCAGCGACCACUGAAGCAGUCCCUUAGCAAAUCACUGUGCAGAGAAUCCCACUGGAAAUGCCUCCUGCUUUCACUUCUCAUGUAUGGAUGCGUCGGAGCCAUGACCUGGUGCCACGUGACCACAGUCACCAGACUGAGCUUUGGCACCGCCUACAAUGAGGACACAAUGAUAUACCAUGACAGCCCCUGCUCUAAUGGCUAUGUCUACAUCCCACUGGCCUUCCUGGUCAUGCUUUAUGUCGUGUAUCUGGUGGAAUGUUGGCACUGCUAUACCAGAAAUGAGCUGCAGUACAAAGUAGAUGUGGAAAACAUCUCCGAACGGAUACAGAGGAUGCAGCAAGCCACACCAUGCAUCUGGUGGAAGGCCAUCAGCUACCAUUAUGUGCGAAGGACAAGGCAAGUCACGAGAUACAGAAAUGGAGAUGCCUACACCACAACACAGGUUUAUCACGAAAGGGUCAACACCCAUGUGGCUGAAGCUGAGUUUGACUAUGUCAACUGUGGAGUAAAAGACAUUUCCAAGGACCUCAUGGGCUUGGAGAGCUUUGCUGUCACCAAGCUGAGGUUCACCAAGUGCUUUAGCUUUGCUAAUGUUGAGUCGGAAAACUCAUACCUGACCCAACGUGCUAGGUUCUUCACCGAAAAUGAAGGCUUAGAUGACUACAUGGAGGCAAGGGAAGGAAUGCAUCUUAAGAAUGUAGACUUUAAAGAACACAUGAUUGCCUUUUCCGAUCCUGACCACCUCCCUUGGUACAUCUCCCCCUAUGUCUUCUGGAUCACAGCCGUUUUGACUCUGUCUUGGCCUCUUCGGGUGCUGACAGAGUAUCACACUGCUUAUGUCCACUACCAUGUGGAAAAACUUUUUGGCUUUGACUAUGUUCCUGUGACCCCAUCUGAGGAGCGCCCCUACUGCAGGAGGAUACCUCGGGUUAACACCAUUGACAGCACAGAGCUCGAGUGGCACAUCAGGUCUAACCAACAGCUGGUUCCCAGCUACUCCGAGGCUGUCUUAAUGGACCUUGCCCAGCUCUCCCGCUGCAACACUUACACUGUGUGCGAGUAUGGUAGCUACAGACAGAACUGCGAAAGGUGCCACCGAACCAUCAGCAGCUCUUCCAUCUUCUCCAGGAGUGCACUAAGCAUAUGCAAUGGCAGUCCUAGGAUCCCCUUCAGUGCCAGCAGGUUCUCACUUGGUCGAUUCUAUGGGUCGAGACGCAGCUGUCUGUGGAGGAGCCAGAGUGAGAGUCUUAAUGAACAGAAUUGCCCCAACGAGAAUACACGUUGCUUGUCCGGGCUGACCACAAAUGAAGAGGAUCCUCCACCCUAUCAGGACGCCCUUUACUUCCCUGUUUUAAUAGUUCACAGGAAUGAAGGCUGCCUCAACCAUGAUCACAGGUCCCUGCACAGGAAUGGCUCCUGCGUCGAGACAUCCUUAUGACUAAAUAUGAGAACUUAAAAUUAAGGUGGAUUUGGUGAACAUGUGCUUUGCUGUUUCACAGAAACCAUAUUGUAUACUGUUUACACAUUUGGAACUAAAGAAACACCUUAGGGUUAUGGAGUGGGUGAAGUUGUGUUAAUAUCUGUGUAAUAAAGUUGUAGUCCCCCACACAGUUAA